GACUCACAGUGUACAGAAAGACAUCCCCCAGCAGUGGGUAAGGCAAAAUGACCCUGGGCAGCCCAGCAGGACCCCACUCAGGGCUGGGCACACCUCCUGCAUCCCACCCUGCCCACCACAACUCUGUGACUAGCCAGGGCUUUCUCCCUCACAGACAGAGAAUUCAUUUGGGGAAGUUAUCUGAUAGAAUUUAGUACUAAGGUGUGAAUGAUUGCUAUAAUAAAGCCAUUUCCCUUUUCCAGGCUCUGUAGGUGAGAGAGCUGAGUCAGGUGCCAACAGUGACCCGGCAGUUCUCACCAACAGGCACAGCAGUAGCUUGGCAUCCAGGGCUGUCUCCCCCAGGACUGUCGGGCAGGUGCCUCUGAAGCCAAGAGUUGGGGUGGGUCAUCAAACUUGGCUUUAAGUUGCUCCUGGUGACAGGCUCGAAGACCCGUGGAGCGAAGGUGGAAUAGUGUGUUUGAGGCAUGCAAAGUUGAACUCGGCAUGGUAAGGCUGUCACUGUCCUCUGCCAUGGGUCACCAGGCACAGGACAUGGCCAGCCUGGUUCAUGGGCAUGCAGUCAGGAGUCUAAGUGGUCAGUCCAGGGACUGCCCUGCCUGGAGGCUGGGGCAGGUUCAGCACGUGAGCAGAGCCCUGUCUGCUCCAGACCCUGCCCAGGCAUGACCAGCACAAGGCUGGGGACAGUCAUGACAGGCAGAGGCUGCUGGAUUGCUUGUGAGCACUGGGCGCCAGGCUGCACGUGCCUGGAGGCCUGUCUGGCAGGCCUGGGGCUGUUUAAUAUUUACGGAGUCCUCCUGGAGCUGGUGACACAUCCUCCCUCGGAGGCUGCUCCCAGCCGGGUGACAUCCCAGCCAGCCAUGCAGCGUGUGCAGCCUCAUUUCACCAUCCAGGCUGCGCAGUGCCAGCCCUCAGAGCCACUCAGAGGCUCAGAGGCUCAGAGGCAGCGCCGGGCUGGGAGCCUCCGGAGCCCGAGGGAGAGGGAAGGGGCGGGCCGAGGGGCACACCGCCCGGGACUGUGGACCCCUGAAGUGAGCUGCAGGUCCACCCAGAGCCACCACCUGUCUCACUGCCCUCUGGCUGCCUGGACUCUCACCUGUCAGAAACCUGCUCGUACCCUUGUCUACAGUGUGGCCCGUUCGUGCCCGAGAUGGCAACUCUGUGGAGGGCCCGGUCCAAGAGAAAGUCCAUCAACAGGAACUCGGUGAGGUCACGGCUGCCGGCCAGAUCCUCCAAGGCUUAUGGAACACUGCGCAAGGGCUCGCUCUGCCUGGACCCCCGGCCGCAGCAGGUGAAGAAGAUCUUUGAUGCUCUGAAGAGAGGCCUCAGGGAACACCUGUGUGAGCAGCAGGCCGAGCUGGAUUACCUGUGCGGACGACACACGGACACCCAGAGGAGCUCCCGGCUGGCUUUCUACUAUGACCUGGACAAGCAAAUGCGCUUGGUGGAGAGACACAUCCGGAAGGUGGAGUUCCACAUCAGUAAGGUGGAUGAGCUCUAUGAAGGCUAUUGUAUCCAGUGGCGUCUGCGAGAUGGCGCCUCCAACAUGCAGCGUGCCUUCAACAACAGCACCCAGAGCCGCGCCUCCCGUGAGAGCCUGCAGGAGCUGGGCCGCAGCCUCCAGGAGUGCAUGGAGGACAUGUGUCUCAUAGAGGGGGCCUUGGAAGUUCACCUGGGCGAGUUCCACGUCAGGAUGAAAGGCUUGGUGGGCUAUGCGCGCCUCUGUCCCGGAGACCAGUAUGAGGUGCUCAUGCGCCUGGGCCGUCAGCGGUGGCGGCUAAAGGGCCGGAUCGAGCCGGAUGACAGCCAGACCUGGGAUGAGGAGGAGAAGGCCUUUGUGCCCACCGUGCACGAGAACCUUGAGAUCAAGGUAACCGAGCUCCGAGGCCUGAGCUCAAUGGUGGUGGGUGCUGUGACAUGCGACAUCGCCGACUUCUUCACAGCCCGACCACAGCUUGUGGUGGUGGACAUCACUGAGUUGGGCACCAUCAAGCUGCAGCUGGAACUGCUGUGGAACCCCUUGGACUCUGAGUGCCGCCUGGUGUCACCCAGCCCCACUGGCAGGUUCUCCAUGGGCAGCAGGAAGGGCUCCCUGUACACCUGGACACCACCCAGCACCCCCAGUUUCCGAGACAAAUACUACCUGUCUGUCCUCCGGCAGCCAAUGCAGCAGGCCUUGCUGCUAGGUGGGCCCAGGGCCACCUCCAUCCUCGGCUACCUGUCUGACAGUGAGCUCCAGGGCCCCCGCCUGCGGAGCCAGAGCCAGGAGCUACUCGAGAUGGACUCCUUCAGCUCUGAGGACCCCAGAGACACCGAGACCAGCACUUCCGCAUCCACCUCAGAUGUGGGGUUCCUGUCCAUGCCUGCGGUACCCACAGCGUGCAUAGAAGAGGGGACCAGGGAGGACCCCCCACCCUUGGGCCUGUUGCCAGGCCUGGCCCAUCCAGUCGGGGGUGUGCUUGUGGAACAGCCUGGCUGGAGGGACUUGGGAGGAGAGAGGCUGGCCCUGCGGCAAGAUGCCCCAGUCCACAGCCGCGUGGAGCCGCGGAGCCGGAGCCGGAAGGGCCAGGAGGAAGGAGAUGGGGCCGGAGUAGAGAGGCCUGUGCAGGAGGUCCUGGACCUGCUGCGCUCUGCAGAUCCUUCACAGCCCCAGCUCCGGGAGCUGGAAUACCAAGUCCUCGGCUUCAGGGACCGAUUGAAGCCCCGCGGGGUGCAGCCGGAAGCUGUGUCAGUACAGAGCCUGAUGGACUGUAUCCUCGAGAGCUUUGCCUUUCUGAAUGCCGACCUUGCCAGUGACGAGCUGUCCCUGUUUGGGGGCUCCCAGGCUCCUGAGAGGGACAGCCCCCCACCCCCUCGGCCAUCAUUGAAGGUGUCAUCCAGUGAGCUCACAGCUGGUGCCCCUGAGCUGGACACACUGCUCACCGUCCACCUUCAAGUCUGCAAAGCCUUGCUUCAGAAACUGGCCUCCCCUAACUUAUCGACAAUGGUCCAGGACUGCCUGCUGGAGGAAGCAGGGCAGCAAAGGCAGGUUCUGGAAGUGCUUUCAGACCUUGACUUUGAGCAGGUCAGCAAGGCCAGGUCGGUUGAAGAGAUCAUCCCACAGGUCCCUCACAGGAAGGGUGGCUUGGCACUGUGGCAGGGGUGCACACAGCCUGGCCGAGUCCUGGCUUGCCCUUCCUCCACACUCCUCAGCCAGCUCAAGAAGACGUUCCUACAUCGAGUCCGAGGGAAGUACCCAGGCCAGCUGGAAAUAGUGUGUCGCAGGCUCCUGGGUCAGGUGGUCGGCUGCGGUGGGCUGUUGGCCACAGCGGGGCUCCAGGAAGAGCAGAUGGUCACCUGGUUCCAGUUCCACAGCUACCUGCAGCGGCAGGACGUCUCUGACCUGGAGAAACACCUCACCCAGCUCACCAAGGAAGUUACUCUCACUGAGGAGCUACAGUGUGCGGGCCCAGCCAAGGCCUUGAGGAAGCUGCACGGGAAACGUCUGGGCCAGCUGCAGCCCCUGCCCCAGACACUUCAGGCUUGGGCACUGCUGCAGCUGGAUGGACCCCCAAGGCUCUGCAGGGCUGCCAGAGCACGUCUGGCCAGCGCGGCCAGGAAUAGAAGCUUCCGGGAAAAGGCUCUGUUGUACUACACCAACGCCCUGAAUGACGGUGACGCCAAGCUCCAGCGGGCAGCAUGCAUGGCGCUGCAGCAGCUUGGGGGCAUCGAAAGCAUUGACCAGAUCGCCAGCCUGUGUCGGUCUGACCUGGAGGCCGUGCGAGUGGCCGCUCGGGAAGCGACACUGUCAUUUGGUGAGAAAGGCCGCCUAGCUUUUGAGAAGAUGGACAAACUCCACUCAGAACAAGCAAGCUACCAGGAAGCAGAUGUUGAAAUCACAAUUUUCUAAGACGCUGUGAUCAAUGAGCUCCAACCCAGUACCGUCCUUCCUUGAUGCUGUCCAGCUUCCCAAGUGCCCAAGCUUUGGGCUGAGCACCCCAGGCACUCCCUCCCAAGGGUGGGCUGGUCAGGAUGGCGACCUGAGGUUUGGGUCAGUACCUAGCCCAGGGGCACAGUGGUGUAUUCACAGAGCAGGAGGAAGUGGUAUGUGGGCCUCUAAGGCUGUGGCCUCCCAAAUGCUGUUUUCACCCCUUGCCUUCCUGGGGUGCAGUGCCAGGAGCAGCUGGUGCUGGCUGAGGAUCAAGGGUCCAAGACAAGAUGAGGCUCCAAGACAGACAUGCAUGGAUUGUGAGCUCCCUGCACACGCUGAACGGGACAGAACCGGUCUGAUAAACAUAGGCUCAGAGAGCUGGCUGGUGGACAGGCCCACUUCCAGCACAUGCCAACCUGAGGCCCAUUAGAUGAACUGCUUCAGAAGCCAGAACCGAGGUGGUUUUCAUUGAGGCUGUGGGUUUCCUACUUCAGCAAAUAAAACACCCAAAACAGGGCAUCUGAGAUGCUCAUGAGGGGCCGAGUGGCUCUUGGGGUUGACUGAGACUCCCCCAUUUAAGAGUUGCAUGGACCACGUGUGCUGACUUAUCUUGGUAUUUAUUUCAUGCCCUCAUUCAUGUCCAUUUUCUGAAAUCUCAAUUAAAAACUCUGUAGUGUAUGGUUA